CGUACGGGCGCGUCCGCGUCGUCGUAGUUACUUACCAAUCUUGUAUUUCUUGAAUUUUGCGUAGGAAACCGUGAAUUAACCUCUGCGUAACUUUCAGUUUACAUCCAAGUGGUUAUAAUACAAGCGUAAGAUAUACGUUUCAUAUUUGUGUCCGGUUUGUGUUCAGGUCAUCAACACCAACACCUGCCAUCAGUGUUGCCAACUUGUGCUGUGUUGUAAAUAUUGUGUCAAGUUUUGUUGUUUUGUGGAAUUAGUGAUUUAUUUGUGGAAGUGGAUUUACCAUGGAUAUACAAUUUUUCUCCUGGUUUUGAUGUGAUGACGUCACAGGAUGGAUCAUGUGACCACCACGACGACGGUGGUGCGAGAGACCACCACCUCCUCCUACCUGGUGUUGCUGAAUACGCUCGCCAAUGACCUUGACUUUAUGCUGAAUGACCUCUGCCCUCCUCCUCAAAGUUGUCCAAUCAGAGGGGAUGCGUUCCUGGAGCCGUACAUGCAGGGGCUGGGCUCCGAGCUCAGCACAUCUACUAGUCUCGUCAACAAGCAGCAGCAGCAACAGCAGCAGCAGCAGCAGCAGCAGCACGAUCAGCAGCAAGAGACUGACAACCAUCAGCGGCGCAUUGCAGACUCGCUGACAGCGCAGUUCCGCAUCAUACCUGACAUCACCGACCACCCCAGACCCAGGCCUCCGCACCAGGAGUCAUGUGAGUCCAGUGGUGCGUCCAGUGGAGACUCCAGCGAGGAGGAUGGUGAGUGUGAGGAGGCGCCGUGUGACAUAGGUCUGCUGGAGAGGUUGAUCCGAUCGCACCCUGUGUGGUUCCUGCCUGGCAUACAGCGUGCCGGGGCCUUCCACCUACUACAGGGCAAGGAGGACGGGAACUUUGUGGUGCGCCAGUCCAGUCAGACGUGCACCAUGGCCAUCUCAGUACGCCUGCCAGCUGGGAAGGGUCCUUACAUAGAGCAUUACCUCAUACAGGCCGCAGACGACGGACAGCUCAGCCUGGAGAGCAGCGACAACAAGUUCGAGAGCAUACCUGCGCUUAUUGCUCACUACGCUCAAUGCUGUGAUGAGUUACCAGUGCAGCUCACUCUACCCAGAGCGAUACGAGAAGCUAAGAACCGGCAACAGUUGUCUUCCCUGGCGUUGCUCGGACAAGAGUUCUGGAGAUAUCCAAUGGCCAAUCCCCGCCCUGCCCUGGACCCGCAUCCCCCGCCAUGUGGUCCGGUGGAGGGGGUGGGGGGGUUAGCUUCCUCCCUCCCCUCCAGCGCCUCCAACAGCCAAGCCAGCAGCCUCAGCAGCUUUGGAAGUGGCAACAACAAUGUGUGUGUUAGUCCCACGAUGGAGCAGGAGUGUAGGAACGACUCCAUAGUCCUGAACCUGGCCCCUCUGGAGUCCUCUCCCUCACCUCAGCAGCCACCGAGCAUCCUGAGCACAUUCAAAGGCCCAGCGAACAACUCACCAGCGGCCAGCGAGCAUGUUGGCAGUCCCUCCCCCCCUUCGCGCAGCCCUCCCUCUACCCAUAUAGCCAGUUACCCUUCUAGGGCCCCCAGGCCAACCCCCCCUAACACUCUCAACCUCAUCUGCUCUACCUUGGCAGGCACCAGAUCAAGCAGUAACUCCCCGCUACAACAGCUGAUCGCCGUGUCCAACAAGACUCCCCCGCCACCACCCCCUCGCUGGGCCAAACCCUCCCCCUCCCCUCAUCAGAACAUCACUGUCACCACGACUGUGACGUUCUCUAUGAGUCAGGAGACGACACCUCCCUCGCAUGUGGAAGUCUCUUGUGUUCAGGUAACACCAAAGAUAGUCAACCUAGAACCAGAGAAUUUCCCUUCUCUGAGCAGCACGUCGACUUUGGAGUCGCGGACAGGACGAGAAGCUCCAGAACCUGCUCCCAGAACACAACUAACCUCCCCUGCGGCCUCCUCUGUUACCUCCCCCGCUCCCUCUUCUCUCACAUCUCCCUCCCCUUCUUGCCUCACUUCCCCCACCACAUCAACUGCUGUUACCUCCCCUACUCAGUCCCGUCCGCCUCACCGACGCAGCAAGCGACAUAAGGAGUCCAGGCACUACCAAGAGUCUGAUAUCCUCGAGUCACCGACUGUUUACUACAGGAGCUCUGUAGCUGAUAAGGUGAGCGACUACGAAGACAUUUGGGGUCCUGAGUCCUUAUCUACCUUCAAGCCUGUGCGAUCUCCGUUCUCAUCCCCAGACGAGAACCGCGCACCAGUGCCUGACAUUCUAGAGAGGGUUCCCCCGGCGCCAGCCACUGGUACCGUCUCUAGUGCCACGUCCGGCGCAGGCACUGGCCCUAGGAACCGAUUGGGGCUCAGUGUUAACACAACCACACCUCUCUCACCUACAACCGUGUCCGAACUGAAGACUCCUGACUCCCAACCCACGAGCAACGGCAAGCAGGGCAGUCCGUUCUACGCUGAGCCUGCCGACGCCAUCAGACAGGCUGCACUGUUGAAGGUACAGAGGAGACAGGUCAAAGUUCACUCCUCCAAGAACCAUCGACAGUCUGAUCCUCUUCCUCUCAUACAGUGGCCGAACCCUGCACCUGCAUCUGGCCUAGAGAGGAUAGACUCUAAGGAGGAGUUGAAUACGAGUGGGAGUGGCGCCGGUCUGUCUUCGUCAGUUGACAACCUCGCACAACUGCGCCAGAACAGAAACCGAGUGCGCGCUAAACCUGUGCAGCCGCCUAGAGUCGGCUUCCGAGCAUUCCACGACACCUCCUGGACUGUAGACUCCAGCUGGGAGUUCAUAGGUAAUGAGGACGGGGGUUCUGAUGGUGAGCAGGAGAGUCCAGAGGAAGCGUUUGUGAUGGAGAGAAGAUUCCCCUCCUUGGAGCAGCAGGCUGAUGAUGCUGAGUCAAUGAGUCGUCACGGCAACGGAGUCAGCAUCCAUGACAUAAUCUCUCAGAGGUUUCCCUCCCUGCGACUGUCACCAAACCUGUCCUCCUGUCAUCGAGGUGACUCUGGCGGCCGAGCUGACUCCAACAACGGCUCUAGAGUCUCGGCCUAUGACAACGUUGUCAACAACAACCACAAGCCCAUCAGCAUUUGUCUCAACGGCUCGGGAAACUCUGACAACGACGAUGCAUUGACGGUAUUCUCAGAGCCGUGGGACAGCUCCCGGUGGGAACACCUGCUCCGGGGGAGAGACAAGGAGGGGGAGAGUCCGGGGGAUCAGCAGUCUGUGACCAGUCCCACAGGAAACAGAGCUACCACUGGCACUACCCCCUCCACCACCUCCACUGUCACUCGGACCAAGAGCUUCAAGGAGCGACUGGACCCUCUGCUCUCACCUCCCCGCCUCCAGGCGUUACAGCGAGGGCGAGAGUCAGGUGGGGGCGGAGCGAGCAUCCGCGCGUACGCUCUCCACCUGGCCGCCGACAAGAGCACGACCUUCGCACAGAACAUCGACAACUUCAUCGCCUGCACGCGCGAGUCUCGCGAGACCAAGCCGCAGGUCGUCAUGCGGAACAUGCGACAGUUCAUGAGCGGCAUGAAGAACUACCUGGUCAAACAUGGAGAGCGAGAGUUCGAGAAGGAAGUUGACCGGGAACGGGGGAAGCUGAAAGCUAACGAGUUCCUCAACCUGGACGCCAUCUUGGAAGGCGUGAUGCACAAGUUGGUAGUGCGCCCUCUCAAGGAACAUCUCUACCACUUGUUCGUAGAGGAGUACAGCAAUAACGGAGCCAUCAAACUGCUGGCCGACAACAUCAUACUGGCCCGGACAAAACCUCUGCACGAGCUCGGCAUCAGGAAAAAUAUCAUCCCACCAUCAGAAGAGUCUUUGGCUACAAUCUGCGAGUAUCUUCACAGGCUCCAGGAGGUCGACUCUCCUCUCGAGAAACUGGAGAAUCUUCUCACAGCCAUCUCUGCCAUAUUUAACUCUGUGAAGGUGAACACCAGCAGUGGAGGCAAGGGAUUGAUGUUGGGAGCUGACGACUUCCUCCCCCUCUUUGUCUGGGUGCUGGUCCAGUCAGGGAUGAUCGCUGCGGAGAUCGAGGCAGAGUACAUGUGGGGGUUGCUGCAUCCCUCUCUCCUCUCUGGGGAGGGUGGGUACUACCUCACCACGCUCUCCUCUGCUGUACACGUGCUGAAGAACUUCAAGGCGUGCACCAACAGCGAGCCAAACCUAGACUGGGGCAGCGGACCUAUGUCAGAGUUUCGCUCUGUGCUGAAGAUUGUGGUUCCUGAUGAAAUCAACGGAUCUAUCAUCACCAAAACUCUCCCAGUGAGGCCUAACAUGACCACGAGAGAGGUGUGUAAGAUCAUUGCGCACAAGGUCCGGAUCACCAACCCCCAGGACUACGGACUGUACAAGCUGGUCGAUGGAGAAGAAACACUUCUUGGAGAAACAGACUGCCCUCAAGACAUUAAAGGAUCAGUAUCCACCAUCGGAAAACAUUGCAUGUUUGCGUAUAAACGCAUCGAUGCAAAAAUAGCUUGGCCGCGAACAACCUCCCCUGAAUAAACCUUUCUUGAACAAUUCUUUACCUGUCUUCCAAUCUUUACAAACUAAAGGGGGUCUGAAACCAAUGGACAAAUUUACUAACACAUUCUUUCAAAAAUAAGAUGCACAACUUUAGGAAUAAAAAAUAAUACAAAGUACUAAUUUGGAAAUCAAUGUGAUCAAUAAUUUGCGAAUCAAUGUGAUGAGAUAUAAUUAUAGUUUUUGAUAAUUUGUCUUUGUAAUUUAAACUUUGGCCUCCUUUAGAAGAGAUUCAAAUCUCACUUAUAUGUCAUUUGUAUCCAAUAUCUUUUGUAACUGUGUAAAAAAUUUACAAUAUUGGUUUUUCUGCUCUUUAGAGAUGUAAUAUAACCUGAGAAAUUUUCAAUAAUUAUUAUAACCUGUAACAUGAUAUGUGUUAAGUGACUCAUAAGUUGACUACGAACAACUGUGUAAAAGUUGUGGUACUUUUCAUACUAACAAAAACACAAAAUAUUUAUAAAUCAAACCAUAAUUUGUGCAACCUGUAAUUAGCUGUCCCAUAUAGGUUUUUAUUUAAAAUAGAAUUAGUCAUAAAAAAAGAAUUAAAAUUAUUUUCUCUCACUUAGCAAAAAAGCAUUGUUUUCUAAACAGUUUUAGAAACGAUUUUCAAACUUUCAUUAAGAGGCCUUAAGAGUAGGGUAGUUUAGACACGUAGCGAUUUAGUUAACCUCCCUUCCUUGAGUGACUGAUCUAAAGUAUAUUUUCAUACCUCAAUCGCGACCAUGCAUUUCGAAAGAGGUGUAUAUUUUAUAUUUUCUACUAACAUUAAUGCUAGUCAACGUAUUUCCCUUUUGGGGACUUGUAAUUUUGUUCUCAGUACCCGCUCAAAUGUAACCACUUAGUCGAGUAUUACUUAAUGUUUGUAAUGUAAUUUCAUCACACCGAUAAGUCACAAUAUGAACAUUAUCCGAUUUCCACAAACCGCUAUUUUUAUAAAAGGCCCAAACAAAAGUAGAUUUUUUACGUUAUUACUGUUGGUUGUUUUUACGUAGUACUAUGAUCAUUAACUGUAAGCUACAAUAAUUCCUAAUCUGUAUUCUGUGUUCAUCGUUAGUUAUUAAUUGUAUAGUAAUAAUUUAAUAUUAAUUUUAUCGUUUUACCUAAUGUUUUGUAAAUAGUGUAAGAUAGGGAAUAUUUUAAUUGUAAACUUACCCUGUUCAUAUUGUGGCCUGAAGUCUUUUUGUAAUGAUAUAUAAUAAAUGUUUAUACUAGUUUUAAUAUUUAUCUUUUUCUAUGAUUUGUAAAAAGAAUAGUUUCUCAAAUGUAAACGGAAACGGACAUCACAAAGUCCAUACCAGUCAUUAACCGUGGCAUUUCAUUUCUUUAAUAAACAGUUUUGAAAAUUUA